AUGUCGCAUGACGAGGAUGAUUAUAUGUCAAUGAUCAUUGAGGAACCAACUCAAAAGGAAACUUUCACUCAAAAGAAAAAAAGACAACAAAGAGAGGCUGAAGCCCGUGGAAGAGUCCCUUCUAAAGCUGAACGUGCUGCUCAAGAAGCUACAAAAAGAGAUGAGGCUCUAGCUACGAGUACCUUGGACCCUUCGAACAAGGGGUUCAAGAUGAUGGCAAAAUUAGGCUUCAAAGCUGGUGAUACCCUUGGAAAACGUGAUCCCACACAUUCAACCGAAGAUACUUCCGAAUCGGCGCUGCGAAUAUCUCGAGCGCGUGCUGAGCCUCUCAAUCUUAUCUUUAAGGAGAAUCGCGGAGGUAUUGGGUUGGAUACGGAGAAGAAAAGGAAGAUCCGGGAGGAAGCUGAGGAGGCAACUAAGAAGGUUAAGCGUGAACAAGGAGAUUAUCGGGAUCGUGUCCGUGAGGAACGCGAGUUACGCAAGACGGAGGCACAGCUGCGCGGUGCGCAGAAGGUUGCUGAGAGGAUGGAUAUUGAAGCAGAGGAGGGUGGAGAUAAGGGUGCUAAUACGGGCGCAGAUCAGGCUGAGAGUGAUUUCGGUGAAGAUAACGAUGAAAAGCGUACCCCAACUGAUGAUCAGGACGGCACACCUGAACCUGGAAAUCAGGACUCGAGAUCUACACACUCCAAACCCAGACCGAGCAAACCGAUCAAAUCUGUUAAUAUCCUCUACCGGGGACUAGUCCGAGAACGAGAGGACCGAGAACGUGAUAGACAAGCACAACAUGCACUACAUCACUCCCUCCCGUCGUCAUUCUUUCCGAAUAAGCAGUUACCAGGCUACGAUGAUGGGGACUUCGAUCGCGAAGAUAAGCAGGCUAUUGGGACUAGACCGGGUCCAUAUAUGGCUGCGGUGGAACAAGAGGUUGAUGACGAGGAUCCAGAACUCGACGAGUUUAAUGCGCUGGAACCCUCCGAACGACUCGAGAAAUUAGUGAUCUAUCUACGGGAUAUGUAUCGCUAUUGUUUCUGGUGCAAGUUUCGCUAUGAGACUGAUCUGGAGUUGACCGGUUGUCCUGGUCUUACUGAGGAAGACCAUGAUUAA